GAACAAGAGUACGUUUACAAAUUUUUGCAGAUUAAUGAGUAUAUAAACAAACGUUUUGCUGACAAAAAUUAGUUUUCGCUGGGAAUCCAUGUUCUUAUCUGUAUAGUGUGUACCUUUAAACAGAAUGUCUACAUUUCGAAAAAAGAGCACUAGCACUACCGGAACUAGUUCGAGUUCCACAUCGGGCAGCUCGACAAGUGGAAGCACAAGUGGUUCAAAUUCAGGUAGUAGUUCAUCUGAUACCGAAUCAAGUAGCUCCGGUGACGAGAAGAGUUUGGCCGAUGAUGCUCCAAGCACAGUUGCCGCAACUAAAACGCAAGUAACAACUCGACGGAAAAGUUCCGAAUUCAAAGGCGCAGCUAAAGCGGAUGCAGAAAAACUUGCUAUAAGUUCACAGUCAACUUCAAAGACAAGACUAAGCAAUAGUAAUACUGCAUCUCUGCGGCAACCUCGUGCAGGUAAUCAUACAAGUGAUGAUGAACUUCCGGCUAGUAAGAAGCCGGCAAGGCCAGUUGCAACAUCCAGUACAACUCAAAAACGGAAACUGUCCGCUUCGAGCACAUCAGCUGCACAAAAUCAGAGUAAUCAGCGAAUUAUCGGUGGUAAAGCACCUCAAAACACCUCGAAUAAACUAAAUUCACACACAAAUAAAGCUCCGGCUGGCAACUCAAAGGCACAAAUUAGCUUAGUUCCUGAAAAUGGACAAGAUGGAAAGAAAAAUGCAUCUACUGCAAUGCAUGGGUCAGACGAAUCAGAUCGGGAGGUAUUCCCUUCUAGUCGUAAUAAAUCUGAACGUAAAGGGCAAGUAAAAUUAUCCGCUCAAGCUAAUUCGGCAGCCGCUUUAAAUAGCUCGGAUAAUCGAAUAAAGCAGGCAAGGCCCAAAACACAAACUAAGCGCACUAUAGUUGGAAAAGCAAAGAACAAGAGCUCAGAAGAGGACGAAGAAGAAAGCGAAUCGGAAAGUGGAAAAACUACCACCUCUACUGAGUCUGAAGCCACCGAGAGCAGUAAUUCUUAUGACACCCAUCCAGUCAAAUCAGUGAAAGGUAAACGUGCGCCUACCGCUGCUAAAAUAGCCAAUUCCGACUCAGACGAUGGAGCGCCACGCAAACUCACACGUUCACUAAGCACCAGAAGGUCUAGGCAGCAACCAAAGUCUUCAGGCGGUGCCGGCUGCCCUUCUGAAAGCGAAUCUGAAGUCGAUUUAGACACUGAGAAACAUUCAUUGUCAAAAAGCCCAGCAAAGCGUUGUAUUUCAUCUACCGGCGGUAGUAAAUGCAAAGUAAAGAAGGAAGCUGGUGUAUUCGGUUCAACAUCGUCCAAGCCACGUUCGUUAUCACCGCCUCAACAAAUGGAGAAAAAAUGCCCAAUUGAGGGAUGUGAUUCGUCAGGUCAUUUAUGCGGCAAUUUGGAUAGACAUUUUCUACCCGAAGCUUGUCCUAUUUACCACAAUAUGUCGGCAUCUGAGUGCAAAGAACGUGUUCCCGAAAGAAAACUUAGGAAUGAGCGACGUCUACGUAACAGUAAUAGUAAUUUAAAUAAUUCCGAUGUGGCAAAUCCAAAAGGACGCACAAAUGAACAAAAUGAAUUUUUAGCUAAAAUUCGCGAAUCACGAGCAAGAUUUCGCCCUAUAGCGGCUACCAUAAAUACUGAUAAAGUAAAACUUGAAAAAGAUUGCACUGAUGAGGAUCGUGAACCUAACUUGAUUGGACUUGUGCCUGAUUAUGAUUUGCAAUUGUUUCGGGAUGCUCAAGCAAUCGCCUCUGAAAAAGUCGAAGAUGAGCUAAAAGAUUUGCCUGUUGGAAAGGGGAUAAAGUAUAUAACAAUGGGUAAAUAUAAGAUGAAAGUUUGGUAUCAAUCGCCAUACCCUGACGAUGCGGCACGGCUACCUCAAAUGUAUAUUUGUGAGUUCUGCCUACGGUAUCAGAAAUCAGAAACUGGCAUUAAACGGCACGCCGAGAAAUGUGUGUGGCGACAUCCGCCAGGUGAUGAGAUAUAUCGAAAAGGCAAACUACAAGUAUGGCAAGUGGAUGGUAAACGACAUAAGCAAUACUGUCAACAUUUGUGUCUUUUGGCUAAAUUCUUUCUGGAUCACAAAACACUUUACUACGAUGUAGAACCAUUCCUUUUUUAUAUAAUGACAUUAGCUGAUGUGGACGGCUGUCAUACAGUUGGAUACUUUAGCAAGGAAAAGAACUCAUUCUAUAACGUUUCCUGCAUACUUACUCUUCCACCUUAUCAGCGAAAAGGCUAUGGACGUCUGCUUAUUGAUUUUAGCUAUCUUUUGACCAGAGUGGAGGGUAAAAUUGGUUCGCCGGAAAAACCACUUUCGGACUUGGGUUUAAUUUCAUAUCGCUCCUACUGGAAAGAUGUACUUUUGGACUAUCUCUGUAGCCGAACCGGAAGUGCUUUGAGCAUCAAGGAUGUAUCACAGGAAACGGCUAUAUAUUCAUAUGACAUCGUUAGCACCUUGCAGGCUUUGGGCAUGAUGAAAUACUGGAAAGGCAAACACAUUGUACUUAAAAAACAAGAAGUGCUCGAUGAAUAUGAAAAACGUGUGAAUCAAAGAGGAAAUUUUCCGAAAAUCGAUGAUAGCUGUCUGCGCUGGAGUCCUUUUGUGCCAACACAAACCAAUAACUCUCCAUAAUAGUAGGCUAUAAGUUCACGUACGGAGACGAUAGUUAUCAUCUACGUACACUGAAUGCAAAUAUGUAGUUUACUUAACUACUUUGUGUAUUUAUUUUAAGAAUGCACAUGUAUAUGUGUAUGUAUUUAUUUAUGGAAAUGUGGUGUCAGGUGUAAAAAUGAUUACUCCAUUGUUGAUGGUUCUAAACGCCCAAAAUACUUAUACUAUAUAUGUACAUAAAUAGUACCAAUCACACUUAUGUAGGUGCCCUGAAGUCUCAAACAUUUCAUAAAAAAUGCGAACAACACUGGAAUUGUCUUUUUUUAUACCUGGCAUCACUGAUAACUAUGCUUUAUGGCUGCUCGCAGCUUUCAAUCAAUUACUUGAGUAUAUACCGAAUUCGUCUUUUAAAAACAGUACUCAUUUUUUGUAUAUACUUAUGAUAUUAAAUAAAUGCUACACUUUUAAGAUGUUUUGUAUAGCUCGUGUGGCAGGUCGAACACACGACUUUGCUUCAUAUUUUUAACAAAUAUGUAUUUGUAUGUACAUACAAGAUAUGUAUAUAGCUAAAUUAAAAAUUCUUAUUGUAA